GGAGGAGGAUAUCUAGCGACCCACCUGCUUUUGAGACUAAUUCAUCCAUAUAGUAAUAAUGGAGUGACCUGUCGCGGAGUAAUUGUUCUGACAAAUAAAAACAGUUAACUGCUUCUAUAAGCACAAUAACCUGCUUCAACGCUGUUAACACACUAUAAAUAUAUACUGGUGGACAUACGCGGUUUUAAUGGAGUCCAGAACCGUAGUAAAGGAGAAGUUUUUCAUUGUGCUACGCGGGAAGUCGAGGAAAGGCUUCUGCCGCGGAUGUAUCGGCCGUGUGGAGGCAGAGACGCAGCGCGGGGAGCUGAUGGGGCUGCUGUACUGCGGCGGCAGCAACGCGGGGACGCCCAAGAGCGGAGGCAUCGUGCGGAGGGAGGACACCUACCCUCUGACCCGCCACCAGGCCCAGCUUCUGCUCUUCGUUUCCCCCGCAAGCAAACGCCUGGAGCUGCUGUGUAACCCCCAGCUGUUCUCGGCCAUCUGCGAGCUGUCUCAGGAAGACCUGGUUGUAGUGAAGCACAAGAAGGGACAUCUUCCCGGACUGGUGAAGAACCUCAUGCAAAUUGGGAGGAAGGAGAACAAAGACGACCUGCACAUGCUUGGCUUUGAGGUGGAAUUUGUGGACAAUGAUCACAACUUGUCAUCCAAGAAACCUGCUCCUCUGCCCCUGUUUAGUGCUGCAGAGAUCAUCCAGGUGGUCCCAUCUUACUCCACUCCCCUCGGACUGCACUGGAAAGAUGGCCAAUAUGGGAGUCUAAACCGCAAGGCGGUGACACGCAUCAACUCCAUGCCAAAUAUCGGCUCUCGUGCACGACAAGUGAGGGAGAACCCCACGGAGCAGAGUGUCAUUCAGAGCCAAAGUCCAAGCACGGCUCAUGUGCAUCUGGAGGUGGGAUCCUUGGUGGAGGUGGUGUCCAACUCGGGGAUCACAGUGUACGGGGUGGUCCGGUGGUUGGGGGUCCCCGGUGGGAAGACAGAUGAAUGGGCUGGUAUUGAAUUGGACUACGAGGUGAACGGCUGCUCUGAUGGGAAGUACAGAAGCCAGAGAUAUUUCACCUGCAAAGGGAACCGGGCGUUGUUUGUUCCAGUCACAAAGUGCAGCCCUGAUAGCAGGUUCGUCUGCUCCUCUACAGGAAGGGAGACCACCAAACCCACCGAAACACCUGCAGUUCCUCCAUUUGAGGACUCUGAGGAGGAUGCUCCACCUAUCCCUGAAUCAGAGGCCUUGUCUUUGUUAGUGGGAAGAAUGAAAGGGAUUCAGGGUCACAUCAACUCCUGUUACCUUGAUGCCACACUCUUCAGUUUGUUCAGCUCCUCCGUGACCCUGGAUAAUAUCUGCCAGAAGCCUGCUGACACAGAACAAACCAUAAACUGCUGUCUUAGAAAAAUACUCAACCGUUUACGCAGACAAGGGUUUGUGCCUGCUGAGAGUGUGAUGAAUUUCCGCAAACAGCUUGGCUGCGACACCUUCCGAACAGAGGAAAAAGACCCAGAGGAGUUAAUCACAGUCCUCUUUCAGAAGGUGCUUUGCGUGGAGCCGCUGCUCAAGCUCAGAUCAAGAGAAGAAAUGUCUCAGGGUGCCUACACCUUCCAGAUUUUUCUGGAAAAAGAACAGAUGGGACAGUUGCCCAACGUCCAACAGCUGCUGGACACAUCCUGCCUGUCAGGUGACCUCAAGUUUGAAGAGACGCCGUCCUGUCUCAUGGUUCAGAUGCCAAGGUUUGGAAACAAGUAUAAGAUGUUUUCUCACAUUAUUCCUUCCACCGAGCUUGACAUCACAGAUCUUCUAUACAACUCUCCAAGGGAAUGCUUCAUCUGUGGGCAUUUGGCAGAGUACGAGUGUCUUCAGUGUCUACCAGAUCGCAAACUGCAGCCAGGGAGGAUCAAACAGUAUUGCACGACUUGCAACACACAGGUGCACGCCCAUCAGUCCCGGCAGGGUCACUCCCCCAAAGCUCUGGCAGUACCAGCAGAUGUAGCCUCUGAUACUCCUGUGCCCAGGCACAUGAUGCAGCUGUUCGCUGUGCUCUGCAUUCAAACCAGCCACUAUGUGUCCUUUGUCAAAUAUGGUCCUGAUCCUCACUCAUGGCUUUUCUUUGACAGCAUGGCAGACAGAUGUGGUGACGAUCAAUGUGGUUACAACAUUCCUGAGAUCCGAGCUUGUCCGGAGCUGGGUGACUUCCUGUCCCAGCCAGAGGAGGAGCUGGCUCGGGCGAACCCCUCCCAGGCCCCUGAACUAGUGCGCAGACUGCUGUGUGACUCCUACAUGUUUUUAUACCAGAACCCUGCAAAGCCACUUUCAAAGCCAAGCCAGGAGUCUUAAACGAAUGUGAGGACGAGGACACAACGUUCCCAUAACAGUGCCUUAAUAACCUUGCAUCUCAGCUUAAUCAGCAAAAUUCUGUGUUUGUUAUUGCAUCCAAACAGCAGGAACUGGAACAGAUGCAAAACAAUAUUGUAGUUAAAACAAGUUUGACUUUGAAUGAUCUCAGUCAAAGCUGAUGUGUGAGGAGACAAAGAACAGGCAGUAAAAGACUUCUUUAUCUCUUGAACGUCAUUCUGGUUAUAUACUGAGUAUUUAUACUGAGAUUUUUAAAGGAAAUUGUAGCAUGUUGGUGAUUCUCAUGACUUGAACUUUAAUUUACCAAAUAACAGGCAAGAAAGUCAUAAGAAUAAA